AUGCUUGUUUAUGAUGGAUCACAGUUGGCUAGAGCUGAUGCUGAUGUGUUUGCGAAACAAUUUUGCAACCCUGAUAAAACGAAUUCGGCAAUUGUGACCAAGGUGGUUGAAUGCGAUACUAAUUUCAAAAAGGCAGUCUCACAAGAAGUGAGAACUCUUGGCGAAAAACUUGAUAAAGCAACAAAUACACUGUGUUUAAAAAAGGCCGGUGAUAUGAGCGUAUACAAAAAGGUUGAUCUAACCAAGGCACCUUUGAAGGAAAUGUUGAUUGAAAUGUGCGAUGCUGAUUUUAACAAUUGUGUCAAAAAGCUCAUAGAAACUGAUUCUAAAAUAUCCGAUGACAUGAAAAAAUUGGCUAAACUCAAGGAUCAAAAGGAGUAUGAUAAAUAUGAGAAAUGCACAAUGGACGCAGCACCGCCGAACGAAAAGCUCUUGGUUGAUAAGAUUCUCCAUGAUAAAUGUUUGGGAAAGGCAGGUGAUAUGAGCAAAUUCAAAAAAGUAGAUCUGACCAAGGCAGAUUUAAAAACCAUGUUGAUUGAGGUGUGCGAUGAUGGGUACCUUAAAUGUCAUGAUGCGCUCAUGGAUUCCGAUAAGAAAGUGCAUGAUGAUUUAGAUAAAAUUGAUCAUCUUACAGAUAGCAAAGAGUACAAAAAAUUGGAGAAAUGCGAUUAUGCUGCAAUUAAGAAGUAAAUGAUUGGAAUGCUUUUUAAAUUGAUGUUGGUUACAAACUAAAUUUGGG